AUGAAUCAUGUCAGUAAAUAGGUGAAAUCAAAUAUUUCUGAAAAUUCAAUUUCGUUUAAAAAUGCAAACAAUCCUGAUUCAAAUUCUAUUGAGCACUCAUAUUCAUUUGAAUAUAAAGGAAAAAUCAAAAAGUCCCAUCUCUUUUUAAAAACUUCAAUUCUAUAUUUUAUUUAGAAAUAAGUUUAAAAUAAUUUAAAGAUUUUCCUAAAAAGGAAUCAUUCCUUACAAUCAGACAGACUACUUCAAUAUCAAUCUCCACUCUCUUUAUAUAAAUUAGAACUUAUGAAUAAAACGAUAAAAUAAAAAACAACACAUUAAACAAUGUUUAUAUAUCAUCUCAUCUACUCUAUAAAAUUAAUAAAAAAAAGAAAUUAAAAAAAAUCUACUUUAAAAUAAAUAAAAAUGAUAAUGCUGAUCUUUGUUUCUAUAAAAUAGUCUUAAAAAAACAAAAAUAAAUAUACAAAUUAAAAAAGUAAAAAAAAGAAAUAUAAAUUUUGA